AUGAAAUUUUAUCGCUCGAUUGUACAGAAAAAGGCUCAGGAGAGCAUCAACACCAGAUUAGCACUUGUCAUGAAAUCUGGUAAAUACGUCCUUGGCUAUAAGCAGACUCUGAAGUCUCUUCGUCAAGGCAAAGCGAAAUUGGUCAUCAUUGCCAGUAACACGCCGCCGUUGAGGAAAUCGGAGAUCGAAUACUACGCGAUGUUGGCGAAAACUGGCGUGCAUCAUUACACGGGGAAUAACAUCGAAUUAGGUACAGCCUGCGGUAAAUAUUUCCGUGUCUGUACGCUCUCGAUCACAGAUCCUGGCAAUUCUGACAUUAUAAAGUCCAUGCCGACUGGUGAUCAGGCGUAAUGUAAAUUUUUAAUCUAAUAAAUAAUACGAAAACAUCUUAAAAAA